AUGCCCGGUAUCCGUACCGCACUCAAGCCCGACUUGGAGUGUUCCGCUGCCGAACUUGUCUACGGUACUGCCCUACGGAUUCCAGGUGAUUUUUUCGGGUACUCUCAAAGCUCAACCGACUUGGAUCCCAGCGAUUAUGUGCAAAGAUUGCGCCAAGCCAUGACUCAUCUUCGAGCCACUCCUCCACGUCCUUCAACAAGUAAGUCGUACGUCGACCCGAACUUACUAACAUGUACUUUUGUAUUUGUCCGCGUAGAUAGCGUUCGCCGGCCACUACAACAGCCCUAUGACGGCCCAUUUCGAGUACUAUCGCGCAAGGACAAGCACUUUACAAUUGACCGUGGAGGCCGCAUCCAUGUGGUCUCAAUCGAUCGCUUGAAGGCGGCUUAUACCGAGCCUCUUCCAACUUCUCCAACCGAACAACCUCCACUUGGCACAUUGCCACUUGCUAUUUCUCAGACUCCAUUUACGCCCAAUAACCCCGCGUCUUCCCUUAUCCCACAGAGUCCUCCCCUUACGCGCAGCGGUCGUCAUGUCCGUUUUUCCAACCGUUACCAACUUGUACAAAAUGCAUAACGCUCCCACAUUUUCCUUCUAUUAACAAUAAUUUUUUUGAACUCCGUUCUCCUAGGAGGGGGAGUAUUGUAGUGACAUUUAAGUCUGUCUUGUUUUAAUCAGUUACAAUACGCUUUGACACAACUUUGAAUAAGACAAAGAACACGCACGUGCACGUUUACCUGCUGACGACUUUGUUCUUAUUUACUAGUUUGUAACUGUUGGGAUACUGCUAUUUUCGUUUCCUGGAUAGCCUACUCGCUGUGCCCAACUAGUGGGUUUGUCUCUUACACUUGCAUGCUUUCCCGGCUACAGGGUGAACCGCGUAGGACUGUGGAAAAUCAUGCAGAAAUUCAACUGUUUCAAACGAUUCACUCCGAUUGUGCAUCAGCUCCACGAUGGAAUAAUGGCGCGACUCAUGGACAAUAGAGCUGUCUCAGAGGCAUUCGCAGUGACCAACGGAGUGAAGCAGAGCUACGUCCUGGCACACACCCUCUUCAGUCUAAUUUCCUCUGCUAUGCUGAUGGACGCCUUCCGUGACGAACGCCCCGGGACCCGCAUCGCCUACAGGACGGAUGGUCAUUUACUCAACCACAGGCGGAUGCACUUCCAGUCGCAGGUUUCCACAAUCACCGCCCACGGACUUCUCUUCGUCGACGACUGCGACCCAACACUGUCUCGGAAGGGGACAUGCAAAGGAGCAUGGACCCAGUCUCUGCCGCCUGCGAAAACUUCGGUCUGUUAG